AUGGCCAGCCCCGAAGAGCCACUCGCUCCCCGCCCCCAGGCCCCCCUGCCCGCGGCGGGGGACGAGCCCGGCUCCGGCAAACUCCGCCCGGAGCCCGGGCGCAGCGCCGCCGGCGGGAGGAGCGCAGCGGGCCCGGGCCCGGCCCCUGAGCCGCCUGGCCGCGGCCCGGCCGAGCGCGCCUGGUCCCCGCGCCCGCCCCCCUCUUCCGCUGGCCGCGCCAGCCCCCCGGGGGGCCCCGGCGCCCUGUCUGCGCGCGGCGGCGGGGGCGGCUGGGUCGCAGCGCGCGCUCCCUUCGCGCUCGCCUUCUCCUCCCCGGUCCGCGCCUCCGCUCCAUCUUCCUUUUACUUCUGGCCGCCGCCCCCCCAACCCCCGCCUUCUCUUCUCCCCUCCUCAUCUGCCUUCCACCUCCCCGCGCGUCUCCCAGGAAGGGAGGGCGCAGCGGCGGCGGCGGCGGCGGCCCGAGGAGGCGGCGGCGAUGCUGGCGGCGGCAGAGGACAAGAGGCGGCUCCUCUGAGCGUCCCCCCCAGCAGGAGUCACCGCGGCGGCGGCGGGCGGCGGCGGCUCUUCCUCUCCCCCGCGCUCCGGGGCUUGCUGCUCUCGGCCCGUGCCGGGCCCCGGCCGCCGCCGCCGCCGCCCCGGCUCCCGUUCGGCCCGGCCGCCCCCCGCGCGGGCUCCCGCGGCUUCCCGGGUGCCGGCGGGGGCUGCCUCGCUCACGGUCCCGGUCCCAGCCCGGGCGGCGGCGGCCGAACGACGCGGCGGCCCCGAGGCCCCGGCGCCGCGCUCGCCGCCGCGUUCCCGCUGCUCUUCGGCUCCGACAUGGAAGAUGGACCUUCUAAUAAUGCGAGCUGCUUCCGAAGGCUGACGGAGUGUUUCCUGAGCCCCAAUUUGACAGAUGAAAAAGUGAAGGCCUAUCUUUCUCUCCACCCUCAGGUAUUAGAUGAAUUUGUGUCUGAAAGCGUUAGUGCAGAGACUGUAGAAAAAUGGCUGAAGCGGAAAAACAAGAAAUCAGAAGAUGAAUCAGCUCCUAAGGAAGUCAGCAGGUAUCAAGAUACAAAUAUGCAAGGAGUUGUGUAUGAACUAAACAGCUAUAUAGAACAACGGCUGGAUACAGGAGGUGACAACCAGCUACUCCUCUAUGAAUUGAGUAGCAUCAUCAAAAUUGCCACGAAAGCUGAUGGAUUUGCACUAUAUUUCCUGGGAGAGUGCAACAACAGCCUUUGUGUGUUUAUCCCGCCUGGAAUCAAGGAAGGAAAACCCAAGCUCAUCCCCGCGGGUCCCAUCGCCCAGGGCACCACCACCUCCGCCUACGUGGCCAAGUCCAGAAAAACGUUGCUGGUGGAAGACAUCCUCGGGGAUGAACGGUUUCCAAGAGGUACAGGGCUGGAAUCGGGGACGCGGAUCCAGUCCGUUCUGUGCUUGCCGAUCGUCACCGCGAUCGGGGACUUGAUCGGCAUCCUGGAGCUCUACCGGCACUGGGGCAAGGAAGCCUUCCGCCUGAGUCACCAGGAGGUUGCAACAGCAAAUCUUGCCUGGGCUUCAGUAGCAAUACAUCAGGUGCAGGUAUGCAGAGGUCUUGCCAAACAGACUGAACUGAAUGACUUUCUACUCGACGUAUCAAAAACGUAUUUUGAUAACAUAGUUGCAAUAGAUUCUCUACUUGAACACAUAAUGAUAUAUGCAAAAAACCUGGUGAAUGCCGACCGUUGUGCCCUUUUCCAGGUAGACCAUAAGAACCAGGAGUUAUAUUCAGACCUUUUUGAUAUUGGAGAGGAAAAGGAAGGGAAGCCCGUCUUCAAGAAGACCAAGGAGAUCAGGUUUUCAAUCGAGAAGGGAAUCGCUGGCCAAGUAGCAAGAACCGGGGAAGUUCUGAACAUUCCAGAUGCCUACGCAGACCCGCGCUUUAACAGAGAAGUGGACCUGUACACGGGCUACACGACCCGGAACAUCCUGUGCAUGCCGAUCGUCAGCCGGGGCAGCGUCAUCGGCGUGGUGCAGAUGGUCAACAAGCUCAGCGGCAGCGCCUUCUCCAAGACGGACGAGAACAACUUCAAGAUGUUUGCUGUCUUCUGUGCUUUAGCCUUACACUGUGCCAAUAUGUACCACAGGAUCCGGCACUCGGAGUGCAUCUACAGGGUCACCAUGGAGAAGCUGUCCUACCACAGCAUCUGCACCGCGGAGGAGUGGCAAGGCCUCAUGCACUUCAGCCUGCCCGGCCGGCUGUGCAAAGAGAUCGAGCUGUUCCACUUUGAUGUCGGCCCCUUUGAAAACAUGUGGCCUGGAAUUUUCGUGUACAUGAUCCACCGAUCCUGUGGGACAGCGUGCUUCGAGCUGGAGAAGCUGUGUCGUUUCAUCAUGUCCGUGAAGAAGAACUACCGCCGGGUCCCUUACCACAACUGGAAGCACGCGGUGACGGUGGCGCACUGCAUGUACGCCAUUCUGCAGAGCAACCACGGGCUCUUCACCGACCUCGAGCGCAAAGGCCUGCUCAUCGCAUGUCUGUGCCAUGACCUGGACCACCGCGGCUUCAGUAACAGCUACCUGCAGAAGUUCGACCACCCGCUGGCCGCGCUCUACUCCACGUCCACCAUGGAGCAACACCACUUCUCCCAGACCGUGUCCAUCCUGCAGUUGGAAGGGCACAACAUCUUCUCCACUCUGAGCUCCAGCGAAUACGAGCAGGUACUUGAGAUCAUCCGCAAAGCCAUCAUCGCCACAGACCUCGCUCUGUACUUCGGGAACCGGAAGCAGCUGGAGGAGAUGUACCAGACCGGAUCGCUGAACCUUAAUAACCAAUCACAUAGAGACCGUGUCAUCGGUUUGAUGAUGACCGCCUGUGAUCUUUGUUCUGUGACAAAGCUGUGGCCAGUGACGAGACUGACGGCCAACGACAUAUAUGCAGAAUUCUGGGCGGAGGGCGAUGAAAUGAAGAAGCUGGGGAUACAGCCCAUUCCCAUGAUGGACAGAGACAAGAAGGACGAGGUCCCGCAAGGCCAGCUGGGGUUCUACAACGCCGUGGCCAUUCCCUGCUACACCACCCUCACCCAGAUCUUCCCCGCCACGGAGCCGCUCCUGAAGGCAUGCAGGAAUAACCUGAGCCAGUGGGAGAAGGUGAUCCGGGGCGAGGAGAGCGCCCUGGGGAUCCUGGACACACCAGAGGCCCAGGAGUCCUCGGAGAAGCUGCCCGUGAAGACCGAUGACUGAUGGCCCCCAGCGGGCCGUCCCACCUGGAGAUGCUCACCCUGCUUCUUUGACUUUUCUUCCUUUUAUUUUCGGGGGGAACCUACACCUGUUAACUGGGGUGCAGACCUCUUCAAGAAGGACCACCAAGUGAACACGUCCAGCAGAUGGCUCCCUGCCGCGUCCUCGACGGUGAUCGGCCAGGCCUGGAGACGCGCUACCCAGAGACGCCUCUUGACUUGUGACCUGGCCUUUUCUGAUGGGCUGCUAGGCAGAGGCCUUAAUGGAGACGGACGCUUAGAAGGGGGUACUUUUCCCGCUGUAUCUUUCUAGUGAGGGUUGAAACGGUACUAUGAUGACACUGCACUUUGGCUUCCACACCAGUGUUGCUUUCACGUUGUUGGCUAUAAAUAGGAGAUUUGACACGUCGCGCUUGUGGGUGUUCGUGUGUGACCUGAUUGUCGUUAGCGUGGAUCGUGGCAGACAGCCUCAGCCCGUGGCAUCGAGCUGACAGAGCAAGAAGCGUCUUUCUGCAAUCAUUGAUGGAAAAUAGUCAGACUUGGGUUCAGAGCCUUGUGAAUUAAAAAAAGUUAGGUGGACUAAAGCGUACUCUUCAAAUUUAUAUAAAGGGCUUAGAUGCAUAAAUUUAACACUAAAGGAAGUAGAUUUUCUAUCCUCUGGAGAAGAGAUGCAGCUAUACAUCAUAAUAAAUCUAAGAACUCCAAUAUCAAUUCUAAAGAUGUUAAGAGAAUUUUUUUUUAAUUUUUUUUUUCCUUUAUUGUAGUCUUGGCAAAUUUCCUAAACCCUUUACACAAAGAACAAAAUAAAAGCAAGGCAUACAAAUGUUUUUCAACGGACAAGUCUCAUGGAUGUAAAGUGUGAAUUUUUAAUUAUGCUUUUAUGUUUUCACUUGAUGUCACUGCAAAAUCUUAAACUCACAUUCAAAAAUGAAAGAUUUAUUCUACAGAUUAAUUAAGAGACCAUACAUUUCUCUUAAAAUCAAUUAAACCAUAAAAUCUAAGCCUUCUGGAAUCAUCACUCCGACCUGCUGCGUUCCUCUCCCACGUCCUGCCCUUGUCCGCCCGAUGGUCUUUCAGAAGCUCUCUGCCUGCGGCAGGGUGGCCAGAGGACUCGGCUGUAUCCGGGCCCAUCUCUGCCCUUUCUGUUCUGCUCAAGGUCGGACAUCCACAGAAAAGCCUGUGUCUGCAGAACUGCUUCUGUAUCAGUUUGGUAAGCUCAUAUUACUCUACAGUGUAAAUGUUCUGAAAGAAGUCUACAGACUUUAUAGUCAGCCCCUUCCUGCAGGGGUGAGAAGGCAGUCACUUCUGCUGCCUAUUAAUGCUUCACCUCCGAAGCUGCUGGUCCUGACCUGAAGGAAUUAGAGUCUCAGAAGUACUGAGUUGUCCCUGACAAGUGGCUUAUCCACCAUCCUCGUAAUAGGAAACUGAUAUAUUACUCUUCAUGAAAUAAAUUUUUUAAGAGAUUAUUUCACAUAUCCAAUACUGUAUACAUUGUUGUUCAUAUGAGCUUGGUUUUUGCAAAAAUUAUUAAAUCAGAUGUUUCUAAGCUAUGGUUGGUUUGUAGCAGAGUUAGCUAUACAUAAACAUCACUCUUAUUUUAAAAUUAGCAUUGUGUUCAGUUUCCUUACGGGCUUCUAACAGUGGCCAUCUUCCUUACUUGGAGCUGCAUUUGCCAUUAUAAUUUUACAAUAUGAGAUAAAAUGAAAUGACAGAGAAUGCCACUGUGGCUAGUGUCACACACACACACACACAUGGAUGUGUGCACCUGUGCACACAUGUACAUGCAUGUAGACAUACACACGGGAGAGAGAUGCAAACACAUCUUUGAGAAGUCAGAAUCAGCCCCAUUCUUCAAAAACAGUGAUUUUUUUCAUGUGGAAAAAUGUAUGUUGUUUGGUAUAAAGCUGACUAGAAAAAGCCCUCUUUCACAUUAGUGUGUUCAUAGAAUUGAAUUCUAAAAUGUUGCAUACAUCCAAACUUUCUACAUCCAAAUGUUUGAAACUGGACCCACGAGACUUAAUCAGGAGAGGGCCUUAGGUCAUCUAACUGAACCUGGAGACUGCAUUGCAAGGGGGAAGGAAAUACUAUUUAAGGCUGCUGUGUUAUUAAUGAGAUUUUAAAAGAAUGCGUGAAUUCUGCUUCUGGAAACAGAAAGCAUUCCUGGGGAGGGAAGCCUCUGGCUAUUUUUGCAUUUAAGGUUGCUGUUCUGACCCGAUUAGUACAGAAAAGUGUCUUAUUUCGACAUAGCCCAGUGUGUUACAUGAUGUGACCUGUGCUUUGAACAGUAGUUUCCCAAAGAAGUGUUUGUGGAUUUAUUGGUUGGUUAAUUUCUUGUGAAUCAUCAUAAUAGAAGCAAAGUUUGAACAAAGGACUUGUAUUCUAGGUAAAGGACUGUAUUCUAAGGUAAACUGUUAAUACUGCUUCCAUCAAGUGUAAGAUCGACUUGGGAAUCACAGAUUCACCCAAGAUGAAAGGUGCCUCGGAUGCAGGGAUGUUUAGUUAACAAUCUGUUGUGGAAAACACACAGUUGGGAGUAGUUUGUAUUUCAGCAGAUUUAUUUAGCAGACACGCUUUUGAGUUCUGUCUUGUCUUUUCCCCAGAUCUUUUCUUUAAAGGACAGAUGGUUGUCAUUGCGAAGUGUUUUGAUGAGUUUCUCAUUAAGGUGGUAUUUUAUAUUGGGCCAAAGUUCCCUGUUCAGUAUAAAUUUGGUAACCAGUUGUGCGUAUAUGUUGAAUAUUUAAUUUUCAAAAAUUUAAUUGGUUUUCAUUUAUAAUAGAGAACAGUUUUAUCUUCAAAUGCAAUUAUUCCAUCAUCUUUCCAGAGAUAGUGAAUAUAUUUUUUACCUAGAAAUUUUCUUGGAAAUGCAUGCUAACAAUGACUUGAAAUACUGAACCUGGACAGUGGAAUAAAAUUAUAAAAAAUGCAAGUAUCUGGUUAAUUAGUAGUUGGCUGUGAUUUAAUUAAAUGGAGAGUCUUAAAUGCGAUUAAUGUGGAAAGGAAUCCUCAAAUACAGCCCUUUUACCAGGGCAGGAAUUGUGUGAUCCAUUUCCCAGCUUUAGUUUUUCCCAAGAAGCAGGUGAGAAGCCAGCCUUGGAGGAGAGACCAAGUUGUGAAGGAUUCACACACAGUUGUCCUUCAUCCCAACUCUUCUCUCAGCGGAAAAGCAUCUGGACAGACGACCCCAGAGCUGCUGACUUGUUACCACAGAGACCAAAGCAGAGCUACUUCAGAACUGGGUUUGUUCACUGUAGGUUUCCUCUACUUAGCAUGCUUUUCAGAUAUUAUGUUUAUUUUAUAGAGUCAACCUCAGUGAAUUUUGCUUUCUCGGUAUAUUCAAGCACACUAGCUUAUGCUUGUACAAAUACAUGUAGAUGCAUAAAUCCUCAGCUUCUUGGAUUAUUUGAUAGAUUUAGUUUCUAGUAUCAUGUUGCUGGUCUUUUAAUCCAAAGAAAGGGUUGAGUCUUAGUAAGACUAACUGAUUUCCCCAUGCCUUGGUCUGUGCCUUUGUUUUUAAUACUGCAAUUUUACUUCUUCUUUCAUAUAUUCGUUGUUUUGCUUUCUUGCUUGACUGUACUUAAAAGCAUUUCAAGGGAUACAUCCACGGUUAAUUUUAUCAAGUUGAAUUAAUUAAGAUCAUUCUCUCCUUAUGAGACUUCUGUACGUUAUUUCAUUUUAUUCAGUUAUCCUCCUCACCGUAACCAAUGAACUGUUCAGACUCAGAUUUUUUUGUUUGUUUUUCUUUGACAAGAAUUUCCAAGAACUGUGACACUGAUUGUGAUGUGAUUUUGUUGGGUUUUUCAGGUACAUAUGCAUGAUUUAGAUUUUGAAACUCACUUCUAUCUUUAUGUAUUUCAAAUGUGUUUGCUUUCUACACUUCACGGGUUUUAUUCAGGGUUUCAUUCUUUAAAAACGUAUUCAUUUAGUCGCUUUCAAGUAUCCCUUCAAUUGCCAGUGUUAAUAUGACUUAAAAUCACUGUUAAAUGUAAAUUAACCAAGUAUGCUGUGAGUGGUGGUUUCCCCAGGCUUUUCUGUGGCGCAUGGCUGGUGUAUUUUUACCUUUGCAUAAGUAUUUAUUCUGAUACACACUUUGCCAGUUUCUUUAAACACUUAAGUUUAGACUGUGAUAUUCAGUGCACUGCUUACUCCUUUUUCUCUUUUUUCAUUGGGUAUUUUGAUGGAAGCAUUAGAUACAUUUAUGCAAUGAUAAAAAUAGCAAAAACAAAAAAAAAAAACAAAAAAGAGGGAGAAAGCAGUUUCGAUGCUGCUCUCAUUCUAAAUUUAAAAGAUGGGACAAAGUGAAAGACGUCCAUGUUUUCCAAGGAACACGUGUGAAAUCCAAAGAAGCAUCCCUGCCUUCGCCUAAACUCCCAGCGUUUCCCUUCUCCGACCACUCUGAGAGCACGCAGACCCUCACGCGUCUGCCGGGCAAGGAUCAGUGUCACCCCAGGACCCAGGGGAAACGUCCAGCCAGUCCAGGCCGCCAAGUAGAGCAGUCGGUCUGCACACGUCAAGUUGCGGCGAGUAUUACUGAGGAACUGUCCAUUUUCUGAAGCUUAAGUGGAAAGCUUUCAUUCCUAUUGCAAGCUAAGUUUUGAACGUGUGUUAUCUCGUACCCUAGCCCACCUACAGUAUCAUCCUCUCUUGGGCGUUGCAGCUUUUGUUUUCUCUUUGGCGCCCAGUCCUGGGUCGUGUCUCAAAUAUCCUAGGCAAAUGACGCAUGGGAACGUUCUCUUCCAUAUGAUCCGUUGUAUGGUGUAUAUUCUAUUAUAUUCACGUAGCGUGCACAUUGAACAUAGACUUCAUCACAGAAGGAGUUUCCACAGAAUCCCCCCACAUUUUACCACACCCACCCCAGUGACCCACUGGAAAAAAUGUGUGUGCCCAAAACACUGUGAAACAGUUACCAAAAUUUAUAGAAAUGCAGUAUCCUGACUCUGAAAAGGUGACUUUUCUUUUUUACAAGUCCUUAUGAACAAAAGAUCCUCUAUCCCUACUUAGUCAAGGCAUCUGUAAUCUCCUUGCUGACAGGAAGCUGCUGGAGUGACAUAUGGUUUACGUGGUCUCAGAAAUACAAGGAAUGCUCUUAAUAAUGCUGAUUUUUAGACUCAGUGGAUCUGUAUCCACAGUUUUAGUGGGCUCUCUUUUGGAAGGAGAAAGAAUUUUGAGUUAACAAUAUCCAAUUUCAUUAUAGUUAAUGAGUUAUAAAUUUACAAAUAUUUUAUACAUCUGACAUAUGAAAACUUUGUAAAAUGCACAAGUGCAAUAACUUAAAGAGAUCUUAACUUUGCAUUUAUAAAUUAUAAAUAUUGUACAUGUGUGUAAUUUUUUCAUGUAUUCAUUUGCAGUCUUUGUAUUUAAAAGAAAUCUUUUCUGUUAUGUUUGUAUAAUAUAACAAUAAUCAUUUAUGAUAAACUAGGCAAGUUGUAAAUAAAUUCAUAAUUCAAACAGCCAGUGUAUAUGCAUAUACAGGUGUUACAUUGCAAAAUCUUUGUUUUACCUACAAGCUUAGAGCGGCUAGAAACCUUUGUCGAUAUGUAACUAUACAUUUAAAGUAUAUAUAUAUGUAUGAUACAUGAAAUAUAUGUAGAGAUGUUCAUAAUUUUAAUGGCUCUCCUUCGUUGUGAAUAAUUGAAUACAGAAUUUUUAAAAUACCACCUUUCACGUUUAUUGUUUGUUCUCACGUAUGGGGAAGGUCAGAGACAUUUUGUGCAUUGAGGAUGAGGUGCAAGGCUUCCUAAAGCUCAUAUGCAAACACCCCAGGCCUUGUUUGCAGAGGAGACAUCAAGUUCACAUUGGAGCAACUUGGUGCAUUUGCUUCAACCAUUUUCUAGCAGCAAGGAUGAGGCAACAUAAAACGUUACAUUUUUACAAGACAAUUUAUUAACCCCAUUGUAUAAUCUUAAAUGUUGGAAGACUGUUCCGGGAAAGUGUAGUCUUUCAGAAAGACAGUUUCAGAUUACAGAACUCCUGACCCUGAGUGCCCAGUGCCAAGGCUGGUUCCUGAAUCAGACCCCUGCCGGCGGAGUUCCCAGGAGCAGUCCAAGUUCGCGUGGCUAAGAGCGGGAAGGACUCCAUAGGGCGGGCAUGUUUCCGAGUAAGUGGUGGGAUUCUUUCUGCUAGUAAAGAAAAUGUUCUUGGCUAAAUUCUCAUAAUCUUUAAACCCCGAUGAGUAUCCUCCUGGCUUCAUCUUUAAACUCUGCUUAAAGAAAUUGUGUUUAUUUGGCUCUUUCUGCUUGCCAUCAAGUGAGCAGGCAAAUGAUAAAUACUUAAGACCAGAAAGUUAAAGUUGAAUUGUAUCCCAAGACCCUCUUUAACUAAAAUUAUACUAAUAUACUAACUAAAGACAUACCUUUGGGAGUAAAUGAAAUAAAUGUUUCGUGGAAUAAAGACCUGUUGCUUUGUUGAACGUGUGUGUCCACAGCCUUGUUAAUGAGAGGAACACAGAAAGGCCCACAAACACGCCGCCCCCUCGGACUCCUGCGGACACCGUGCUGUCUGCGUGCACGGCGCCGUGCACGUUGUAGACAGGAUUUUUGUUCAAUAUCUGUUUCCUGUGAAAUUGUAUCAGAUGUUUGCUGUGUGAAAAAUAAA